AUGGGAAGAAAGGACAGGGUGAAAGAAACAACGGUGGAGCAGUACCGGAGGCGUCUCGGGCAGCACGAGAAGCAUCCUCUCGUGGGCCGACACAAGGAGAAGGCGUUCCGAGCCAAAGACGUGUCUGCGUCGAAGAGCUCUAAGCCUUUGCAGACCAUUCUGCUGUUCCUGGUAGCCGUCGUGUGUACGGCACUCCUUGUCUACUUCGCAAUCACCUACCAACUCAUCCCUAGAUUACUCUUCUAA